GACUCUGCUGUGGCUUCCACCCCGCGGGCCAAGCAGCCACGCAUCGCUGGGACCGAUGUUGGCUAUCCAGAUGUAACGCGGGUCACAAGCCCGACAAGUGUGCUUGAUCAGUAUCGUUGGCCCAAAAGGUUCUUGCAAGCUUCCGUGCAAGCUUGGGGCAAGGAUUAUGUAGUGGAUGGCCUUUCAAUGAUGAGCUGGAAGCUCUCAACCACGUUUUCGGGCAUGGGAUGCUUCGAGAGUGCUGCUGUAGCUGUUCGUGAGAACGUGCGGGUUUUCCUGCGCCAGAACAAUCGCCGUGAGUCGGCUUGCAUUGAGCUUCGUUCAGCUCUGGACUUCGACACGAAGGACAUCGUGUUCUUCGAGAACACGCCUGGGUACGAGGCAGUGGAUUUCUUUUGGGACAAAGCAAAUGGAUGUCCUGGUCUUUCCAUGGCAGACAAGGAAACCAUCCGGGGGUACCGCCGAACUUUCGGACAAUGCAAGAAGGUCUUCGACCUUUCCCAGAGAAACCCCGCCUACUUUCGGACGGAGCUUGUGGAUGACAGUAUGCUGGCCCUCAAGACCAACACCAAGUUGUAUUGUGAUGAUGAGAAACACAAGCGGGUCAUGUCCGCGGAAGAGAUUUGUGCCUGCCUGGUGCUGCCCUGCAACAAGAACUUUGCUCGAAUUUCCAAAGGCCCCCCCUUCGCGGUGGACUCCGUGAACUACAAUGCGAUUGCUCAUUUGGUGGGCAACGGAAUGAAUGUUGCAGAGGAUGUGCAUGAGGGUGCACGACCCUGGGUGGACCGUAUGAAGAAGUCUUUGGAGACCUUUAAUGUGGAUGCCGACGAACACCCGUGCCAACUGGUCGAGAAAUACAUGGCUACGACGGACGAAUCCUUUGGCCUCCUCCUCAACAACAUGAACGCCUGGCUGGUGGGUAAUGGUGUCGAGGCUCUCAACCUCGAGAACUUCAAGUUUCCGAAGGAAGACGGGCCCGACUCGUUGCCAGUGCUUGCCUUUAACAUGGUCAAGCCAACCGAGGGCUUCCCCCCUCUCGUGCAGUUUCAGAGGUGGUGCGAGUCGAUUUGGUUUUCCUUCGAGAAGAGCAGGGAGCCGCUGGAAGUGCACCCACUGGAUGUGCUUCCGGGGGAAAGGCUUCAGCAGGGUGGGGUGGGACUCACCAAGGGCUUCACGAGGUCUUCUGUGAUUCUGUAUGGCAUCAUCAGAACUGUUAUGAUCGAAGACCCUGAGUCCUUUUCUGACACGGAGAAGGAAUUCUUUACUACGUGGCUUACGAACGUCUUGGUCCUCCCGGUGAUCUAUACGGACCACCCUGGCUUCAAUCUUGACACAGCAUUGAACACUGCCUUCGAGGAAUACAACAACUUCGGGCUCGCCCGGCAGAGUACACAGUUCAGACUGUCAGAGCGGGAGAUGUAUGGCAAGCAACUGCUCUUCAUGCAGCGAGUGUUAUUCACCUUUAACAUUCGGAAGAAGCAAGUCCGGUCGCUGAGCACCGCCCGCUGCACAGCAGAACAGUGGGAAUUGAUGCUUGAGACUUCCUGCCUGGCCCACCAGCUGCUGGAGGACAUGAAGGCUGCCAAGGACGAUGCCGGUGCUGCUCUCUUCAGGGAAGCAGACAUUGCGAAAGCCCGGCAGCGGGCCUUGGAAGGGCACCGUGACUGCAUUGUUUCCUCGGCCUUAAGAUUUAUUGAUGAUGCAAGGGACUACAGCUCCGAGAUCCAGAACCUCACGGUGGCCAAGAUGGACUUCGUUGCAUCCGACUUGUCGUUUUGGCAGGACCACGUGACCAAGCCGGCGGCGGCAGCUGGCUCUUUCGGCGAGGGCACCUGCACAGGACAGAACGAUGCGAUUAAAGCCCUGGACAUUGAAAGUGUUCAGAAAGCCUUCCAGGCUGAUCUUCUCAAGGUGUCCGAAGACUGUUCGAGGUUCUCAGAAUACUUGUCGAAACUCACAGCAGGCAAGCGACAACAUGCGAUCGCAAAGGUCCUUAAGCUAAAAGCUGAGAACCGACGCGGGGCCCAACUCGUUGUCGAUUGGAUGCAUCGAUAUGCAAAGUUUGCCACAAACGAUUUUGUGGAAGAGCACAUGAACAUCGUCGAGGCGGCAGGCUUCAUCGUGGCUCCAACGAUGGUUUCGUCUCGUGUGGUGGCUGGCAAGAGAGGGGAGCUGAGACGCCUUCCUUUGCUCUUUCCUGCUUGGGUGGCUGUGAAUGACUCCGCCACAUCCAACAUCUUCGGGUCUUCCAAAAUGUUGGUCAACGAGUGCACCAAGAAUGAGAUUCCAUGGUUGCCCGUCCGGGAGUACCGUGUGCCACGUGCCAAGAACAUGGCCCCUUGCACAACAGAGGCAGCAGACAGGAUGAUUUCCUACAGCUGUGGCCCCAAUGUUAUCGAGACCCAGUAUGCACAGCGGCUGCUUGCACAGAAGCUUGUGGAGGAUUGGAGGAGUGGAACCCAUCCCCUCGGCAACACAGUCCCGAAGUACAGCCCGGAGUUGCAAGAUGAUACCGAUGCUAUUUCCACUCCCGAGCUGCUCGUCUGUGAGAUGAGCACGGAUGCCGCCACUGGUGACAAGAAGCUCAUUCUCAACGGCACACUACGUGGCAAGUGGCUGGAUGAUCCUAGCCGAAAGGAUGAAUGGUUGGCAGAGCUUGCCAAAUUCGAUGCCAG